AUUCUCUUGGUAACACCGUCAAAUUUAAAAGUCUAAAUUGUAGAAUAAAAAACGUUAAAAAUAUACCCAAAAAAAUUAGCCAACAAAAUGAAUGAAGUCGAAAACAAACUCGACGAGGAUUACCUCUUUUAUUUAGGAUUUACCACAAGUUUUUUUCAUAGACUCCCAUCGGAAGCUGAUGUAGCAAAAUGCAAGUCUUGGUUAGAAAGACUGUGUGGGACACCAUGUCAAGGAGUAGAAGCUAAGCGCAACAGAAACAUCUUUCUAUCAAAUUUAGUGUUAUGCAUGCAAGAAGGAAGAUUAACCGGUCCAUUUUUAGAGAAUCCUAAAGAUGUCGAUAUUCUAAAAGCUUCAAAUUAUUUUGGUGAAAUGAAAUGUAACAAUGAAGAACCGGAAUGGCUUGAAGAAGUUGUUGCGCAAGGAGCAAUGUCUUUAACUGGAGAUGAAGGACCAAUGGAACAUCCCAGAGAAGAUGGUAGAACAUACGUGGCAACUAGAACUAUGCCAAACGGUCAAGGUGCUUUUGCUUACGUAGCUGUUUCUUUAGCCGAUGAUGAACCGAUGUGGUUAGGUGGAGGAGAAGGUGUUUUUGAUGCUCGAAUGAAAGAAAAAUUUCAAGAAUUUAUUCCCCCCAUUACUGAAAUGGAAAGAAUUUUAGCUAAACGCAAGGAUCCCAAAGAACGGGAAAGAGUGAUGACGUUCUACAACGUUUUAUUGCGAAAUAUAGCAGAUGAAUUAGACGGUUUAGUCAAACAAGAAGAUAAUGAUACCGUAAAUGGACUUAUUGAUCAGCUUGAAAGAGAUUUAGCCGCAAGGGGAAAACUUUGCUGUUUGCAAGAUUUAUCAAAAAAAGAAAAACGAACAGAAUUAUUAUUAAUGCUACAUGAUAGAGUGUACAGUAGAAGGGUUAAGGUGCAACAAAGAGAAGAAGUGCUAGACAACAUUGAAAAAUCACUUCCAAAAUCAUUUUUCGAUAUGUCCUUAUCAGAAGAAGAUAGAUAUAAACUCCCAAGUUUAAUGUGGGAGCAAGCAAUAUGUAAAGCUCCGCAAAAGAAAAAUUUAAUUACUUUACAAGAAACUUAUCCAGGUAUUUUGGUGAAAAAAUUCAUCGAACUUAUGGCUAAUCAAAAAGAAGAAAUUGCUAUUCGAAUGCAACGACGGCACGAUAAUAUCGUUUCACAAAUGAAAAAGGAACUACGCAUAGAGGGUGAGAAAUUUACGAAAUGGGUCGAGACUGCAAGAGUUGCAAUGGAUCGAGCUGUGGAAGUUCAAAAAGCAGUUCAAGCUGCCCGAUUUAAACAAUUAGAAAGUGAAAUGAAAGCGAAGAGGCGUAAACGCGGCGGAAUAACUGAAAAAACAGAGUUGUACGAACAAAUGGCUAAAGCACUUUUUGACCAACAACAAAACGUUGAACUAGAAUCGGAGAAAGGAAGAAUGCUGACAGAAGAGAUUAAUCAUUUGAAUGCUCAAACCGAGAUGAUUCAACAAGUAACUAACGACAACGUGAUGAAACAAGAAGAAGCUAACAUUACGAUUAUGAAAAACAUUAAAAAACUACAACAGGCUAUUACCGCAAAUGAAAAGAGGCUUCAUACUUUAGAGUUUAUGGCAAAUACAAGACUUGCCAACUCGCAACAAGCGCAGAUGUUUAUUUUUUAAGGAAACGCACAUAUUAAAACGUGAUGAUUUUCUUUCGUGGUUUAAUUAAACGACCCGUAAAAAGUCACUUCACUUAUACGAACCACAAAAAAAACUUUACGGCCUCUGAAUAAAUCAACCACGGUAACAUUUAAAAGAAAAUGUAACGUCGAUGCUUUCCUGCUUAAAGCUUUAAGUGUUAUUGGAUAAUAAAACGUCAAAAUUUCGUGGUAGAGUUCUAAUAAAAAAAAAACAGGGGAUGUAAAGAAACGAAGGAAAUUUAUGUCAAGGUCAUUGUAGCCGUUCAGUCAUAAUUUAGUCAGAAUAUAUUGAGAAUUAAAUAGAAAAUUAAUGUAAGUUGUAAAAUAAAUUUUAUUUCAUUUAAAAA